CCGCGCCAGCGUUCGCCGGCUGCCGAGCACCACUUCACCCUUCUGACCGGUCACUGCGUUUGCUACUGCCGGCAUGUAUGGAAUGCUCUUGGAGUCUGUUCAGCACUUCAUCCAGCUGGAGUAUGGCGAGGACGCGUGGAGGCGCGUGCGGGAGGCCGCGGGCUGCCCCUGGCCGGUGUUCUCCACGCACCAGGUGUACCCCGACCCGCUGAUCCCGGCGCUGGCGGCGGCGUGCGCGCAGGAGCUGGGCAGCUCGGAGGAGUUCUUCAUGCGCUUCUUCGGCCGCUGCUUCGUGCGCUACUUCAGCAACUUCGGGUACGACUUGCUGAUCCGCGCGGCCGGCCGCUACUUCUGCGACUUCCUGCAGAGCGUGGACGACCUGCACCAGCAGAUGCGCUUCACGUUCCCGCGCAUGAAGUCGCCGUCCAUGUACCUGGCGGCCGUGGACGCCGGCGGCGCCGAGCUCGUGCGUCUUCGCCUGAGCUUCGACAACGGCGCGUACGUGCGCGCACGCGCCGAGGGCGCCCGCGCCGUGCGCAGCCUGGCGCUGCCGGCGGUGCCCGCGCGCGCGCUGCUCGCGCUCUUCCCGUUCGGCGUGGUGCUGGGCCGCGGCGGCGGCGGCUCGCGCGCCGGCCCUCGCGUGCUGGCCGCCGGCGACAAGCUGCGCGACGUCUCGCCAGGCCUCGAGGGCCGGCCCGCGCGCGAGCGCUUCCGCCUGCGACGCCCCAAGGGCGUGCCCUUCACCUUCGACGAC